AGGGCGUCGUCAGCUCUAAUUAUACCGGAGAAGCGGGCCAUGUCUGAGCCUCACGACGGGGGCUCGUCUUGGUCGCCCAGAUGCUGGUGGCUCUCGGCAUUCGCAACGGCCUACGCUUCAAUUUUCUGGGACGAGCUUUGAUUAUCCGCAAAGUUGCGGCCGCGUUUCAUGAUACGGCCUUGGCUGCGCCAGCCGGCUGUCAUGAUCGGAUCGCCGUCAUCAUCGCAAGUCUGAGGCGAUCGGUCACGCUCCCUGGCCCUAUUCCUGGCCUACCCCAGAGUCGAUCGGUGUCACUUCCCCUUCUGGCAUGCCUCCUCUUGCCCUGGUCGUGCACAUGCCUGACUGCGCCGGACGCCAUUGUAAGCUGCGGCACCAACAUGGAGACCGUUGCACGUUGCUCGUCGUGCCCAUUCUCCACGAAGACAGACAUGUUUAUUUUGCUCGUCAGAUUUUCACAAAUGGAAAAUGACAGGGAUCACGCGUCGAGCUGCGGCACGCGGCACGGCGAGAUGUGCCUUGUCGCUGCCCCUGUUGUUGCGGUGUAGGGCCCUGGGACGCAAUAGCCGAG